AUGAAUGUUUUAGUCUGGAAUGCUCGGGGGUUGGGGAGCUCCCGCGCAUUCCAUGAACUUCACCGGCUCAUUGCUGGCACCUCCUCGAGUGUGCUGUUUAUCAGUGAGAUGAAAGUCACCGCGAAAAAGGCGUCUUGGUGGCGAUCCUCUUUGCAUUUCGAUGGACAGCUCGUUGUGGAUUCAAAAGGAGCUAGUGGUGGUUUGAUGAUCUUUUGGAUAGAUUCUUGUGUGCUUAAUGUGUCCAGUUACUCUAAUGGGCAUAUUGACUGUAUGAUUAAAACUAAUGAAAUGUGGUGGAGAUUUACUGGUUUUUACGGUAACCCCGAUACUCAACAAAGAAAGCACUCGUGGUCCUUGAUGAGGAGGUUAGCUUGCAGCGGGAGCAUGGAUAUUCCAUGGCUCCUCGGUGGGGAUUUCAAUGAAAUUACUAAAAGGGCUGAAUGUUGUGAAAGAAGUAAGCGAUCGUGGGCACAAAUGGAGGAGUUCAAUAAUACGUUACAAUACUGUGGAGUUAAGACAAUUCCGAGUGACUCAAUGUUUUCAUGGUAUAAUCCAAGAAAAAUGAAGGAUGCUCGACUUUUGCGCCUUGAUAGAUUCCUUGGUAACCGGCUUCUUGAUGAUGUGUUUGAGUUUAAUGUCGUGCGAACCCUUGAUACGCACGGUUCAGAUCAUAAUCCUUUGCUCCUGACACUAACACCUACAGAUGAUAGACCGGAACAGGGCAAUGGUUACAAACGCUUCUUCUUCGAGCAAAAAUGGCUCCUUGACAAGAGUUUUGCUGCCGAUUUGUUAGUUAAUUGGGAGGUUUUUGGAGGACGGGAGCUUCAUAACAGGUUGGCUUGCUGCCAGGGUUUCCUCAAGUCCUGGUCUAAGGACAAGUUUAACAAGAUUGAGAAAACUCUUGUUCAGCUUAGAAAAAAACGACUGAAUCUGCUCAAGAACCAUACCUCUCCCACACCGGCUUGUAUCGACGAAGUCUCAAACACGUGCUCCAAGUUCUUGGGGGAAGCUGCUAGAUCGGGUUUGGGUGAAGCUUUCACUGAGGAAGAGGUCAGGAAAGCUGUCUUUAAAAUGCAUCUACAUAAAGCACCCGGCUUGGAUGGUUUUCCGCCCUUCUUUUUCCAGAAAUUUUGGGGGGGGAUUGGUGAUGGGGUCACAGCUGACGUUCUUCAGGUGCUCAAUAAUGGUGUCAGUAUUCGACCAUGGAACAAGACCCUUAUUGUCCUUAUUCCAAAAAUCAAAAAACCAAAAGAAGUUAAGGACUUCAGGCCUUUAAGUCUUUGUAAUACCAUUUACAAGAUUGUGGCGAAAGUUAUUGCUAAUAGAUUGCGGUCGGUUUUACAUUUGAUGGUGGAUGAGUCUCAAAGUGCUUUUAUUCUUGGACGUCUUAUCUCUGAUAACAUCAUAUUGGGCAAUGAGUGUAUGCACUGGAUUCGAAACAAAACUCACGGUAUUGAGAGCUUUGCGGCGGCCAAACUUGAUAUGAGUAAGGCUUUUGAUCGUGUUGAGUAG